CAUUCCAUUAGCUCAUUGCUCCUUUAAGCUGAAUUGCAAAGCCACUGGGUUUGGUUAUAAAAUCAUCUCCUUUGGAUACAUGAAGGCAACUUUUGUAGCAGAGAGAGGAAUAUUAUGACACUGAUUUUCUGUUUGUAAAUAAGAGAUCCGUCCUCUUCCUAAAAUAUUUUUGUUUGUGGAUGGAUUCAGCAUGAAUGGGACAUUUUGGGUUGAAGAACAAGGCAAGCCUCCAGUUUACAAAGUGUGCAGGAAGACCAUCAGUUGGUGGAUUUCUGGUAGGAGUGAGCAGUGAUCGCAGUGCUUGAAGGAGUAAUUGCACUGAUAUGAGCUGGGGUGGAAGGUAAGGAGACUUCUUUGUGUUGGAGGAGUGCAAGAAAGAAGUGUGAAUUAAAGUGAAAUGCAAAGCAGGGAGACAGUGAGAGGAGGGGGUGGAGGAGUCUGCAGAGACUGGAUCAGAUUACAUUCUUCCACUGCUCUCUCCGCACAAAUCUCUCUCUUGCAAGUUUUUGUUUGGGACAGAAAUUAGCUGUUUUAACAUAAAAACAAGUGGCGUGAUUUUGUGCGGGUGGGUGAUCGGUGAGGGUCUUUGUUGGGUAACGUUUUCUUUUUCUUGGCUUUGGAAAUAGUUUUUUUUUUCUUGGAUGGUUUGAGCUGCACAAGGAAAGUUCAGAAAGUAAAAUGGAGGAGGAGAGUAUGCAGGAGAGUGGAGAGCUGAGAGAGUCCCCAUCCUCCUGAAAGAAAGCCACAUUUCUGCUGUUCUUAAUGUCCUGAAGAUUCUUCUUCUAAAGAUGUCGCCCGUGGUGCUUUGGAGCAGCUGGACUGUGUGGUUUUGGAUUUUGCUUUCCACCUCUGAAUUAGGAGCUGCUCAGUUUAAUGAGACCAUAUACUUGGAUCGGUGCAAGAAGACCACCACUUGUGAGGCCCUCAAAUAUAAUGUUUGUCUGGGAUCUACUCUACCAUAUGGAUUGACCUCCACUGUCCUGGCUGAAGACUCAACCACUCAGGAAGAAGUCCAUGAUAAGUUAUUACUUUGGUCUGGAUUACGGAAUGCUCCCCGCUGCUGGGAGGCUAUCCAGCCCCUGUUGUGUGCUGUGUACAUGCCUAAGUGCGAGGGGGGUAAAGUGGAGCUGCCCAGCCAGGGCCUCUGCCAGGCUACCCGGGGACCUUGUGCCAUUGUUGCGCGGGAGAGAGGAUGGCCUGAUUUCCUGAAGUGUACCACAGAUCGCUUUCCUGAGGGCUGCCCGAAUGAGGUGCAGAACAUCAAAUUUAACAGCUCGGGGCAGUGUGAGCCUCCCUUGGUGCGAACAGACAAUCCAAAGAGUUGGUACGAGGAUGUAGAGGGCUGUGGCAUCCAAUGUGAGAAUCCAUUAUUCACGCAGAAGGAACACCGUGAAAUGCAUGUCUACAUUGCUAUAUUCAGCUCGGUCACUAUUUUCUGUACCUUCUUCACCCUGGCCACUUUCCUCUCAGACUGGAAAAACUCUAACCGCUACCCUGCAGUUAUACUCUUCUAUGUGAAUGCCUGCUUUUUUAUGGGUAGCAUUGGGUGGCUUGCACAGUUCAUGGAUGGUGCCCGCAAAGAGAUUGUGUGUCGUGGGGAUGGCACAAUGAGACUGGGGGAGCCCACGUCCAAUGAGACCCUGUCCUGUGUCAUUAUCUUUGUCAUUGUGUACUACUCCAUGAUGUCUGGCGUUAUCUGGUUUGUCAUGCUGACCUAUGCUUGGCACACCUCCUUCAAGGCCCUGGGCACCACUCAUCAGCCUCUGUCUGGAAAGACAUCCUACUUUCAUCUGGUCACAUGGUCAAUUCCUUUUGUACUCACAGUCGCCAUACUUGCUGUAGCCCAGGUGGAUGGAGAUUCUGUGAGUGGCAUCUGCUUUGUAGGGUACAAGAACUAUCGUUACCGAGCAGGCUUUGUCUUAGCUCCUAUCGGCUUGGUAUUGAUCAUAGGUGGUUACUUCUUAAUCAGAGGUGUAAUGACAUUAUUUUCAAUCAAGAGCAAUCACCCAGGUCUUCUAAGUGAGAAGGCGGCCAGUAAAAUCAAUGAAACUAUGCUGCGAUUAGGAAUAUUUGGAUUCUUGGCCUUUGGCUGUGUGCUGAUCACUUUCACCUGUCAUUUCUACGACUUCUUCAAUCAAGCUGAGUGGGAGAGAAGCUUUCGUGAAUAUGUCCUCUGUGAAGCCAAUGUGACGAUUGCAGCUCAGACCAACAAACCAAUUCCAGAGUGUGAGAUUAAGAACAGGCCUAGCCUCCUUGUGGAGAAAAUCAACCUGUUUGCUAUGUUUGGCACAGGCAUUGCCAUGAGCACAUGGGUAUGGACAAAAGCCACCAUUAUAAUCUGGAAGAGGGCAUGGUGCAGGAUUCUGGGACGCAGUGAUGAUGAACCAAAGAGAAUAAAAAAGAGUAAGAUGAUCGCAAAAGCGUUUUCAAAGAGAAAGGAACUUCUCAACAACCCUGAGAAGGAGCUGUCUUUCAGCCUUCAUACUGUGUCUCAUGAAGGUCCUGUGGCUGGUCUGAACUUUGAUAUUAAUGAGCCAUCAGCUGACAUGUCAUCAGCAUGGGCACAACAUGUCACAAAGAUGGUGGCCAGAAGAGGAGCAAUCUUACCUCAAGAUGUCUCAGUCACUCCUGUGGCAACUCCAGUGCCUCCAGAGGACCGAGAGGAUGUGUGGCUGGUGGAGGGAGACUUCUCCCAGAGACUGGAGAAGAAAACAAAGAAGAAAAAGAAAAGAAGAAAGAAAGAUAUCCGUCCCCUGGAAGAGCCUGGGCUCAUUGAUAAUUUCCCUGCACGUGUGCCUACGGCAGUGCCGCGCCUUCCGAAGCUGCCUGUGAAUAACGGCCUUGUCACAAAAGCAAGAGCACAUCGCGAAAUGGAAGAGACUCUCCCAGGAUCAUACAGAGAGUACCGGAGGUGGCCACCAAUACAGGAGAGUUUAUACCCGGGACAGAACAUGGAUAAUAACUUUGGAUCUAGAAGAUGCAGCCAAAACAAUCCUAUAUCUCAUCCUUAUGCCACUGAUGAAACCCCAGACCACAGCAAUAUUAGGUUCAUUCCUCCUCCGAGACGAGAUGGGAUGUUUCAGUAUUCAAAUGGAGCAGCCCUUCCACAUCAAACGGGGCAUGCUUGUCAUAGUGGAAGAACUCAAACUAGAAGAGCAGGGGCAGCUCCGAUUCACUCCAGGUCAAAUCUUAUGGAUGCAGAAUUAAUGGAUACAGAUUCAGACUUCUAGUGUUUUGUCAAGCGUGGUAAGCAAGUAGUGAAUUACAUUUUUGGUAUGAUCUUAGAAAAGACUCCAUAGAUCUUCACAAAUAUUAUGGAGGUUUGUUUUUUUUUAAAAAAAAAUACCGAGGACAGAAAUCAUUGUGAAUGAACAUGAAGAAAAGAAGCAGGAAGGACUUCUGACAAAUCCUGGACAUUGCUGCUGUGCACA